GGGUCCUUGGUGAAUUUUGUCAUGGUUAUUUAAGGAACCUCGCCUAGAAGUCCCAACGCACAGUUCCCCAUUGACGGGAAGGCUUGGACUCCAAGAUGAUUAUAAAGGAAUAUCGGAUUCCUCUGCCAAUGACCGUGGAGGAGUACCGCAUUGCCCAGCUGUACAUGAUACAGAAGAAGAGCCGUAACGAGACGUUCGGUGAAGGCAGUGGCGUGGAGAUCCUGGAGAACCGGCCAUACACGGACGGCCCUGGUGGCUCCGGGCAGUACACACACAAGGUGUACCAUGUGGGCAUGCACAUCCCCAGCUGGUUCCGCUCCAUCCUGCCCAAGGCGGCUCUGCGGGUGGUGGAGGAGUCCUGGAACGCCUACCCCUAUACCCGAACCAGGUUCACUUGCCCUUUUGUGGAGAAAUUCUCCAUUGACAUCGAAACCUUUUAUAAAACUGAUGCUGGAGAAAACCCCAAUGUGUUCAGCCUGUCUCCUGUGGAAAAGAACCAGCUGACGAUCGAUUUCAUCGACAUCGUCAAGGACUCCGUGCCCCCCAACGAGUAUAAGACGGAAGAGGACCCCAAGCUGUUCCACUCGACCAAGACCCAGCGGGGGCCCCUGUCCGAGAACUGGAUCGAGGAGUACAAGCAGCAGGUCUUCCCCAUAAUGUGCGCCUACAAGCUCUGCAAGGUGGAGUUCCGCUACUGGGGCAUGCAGUCCAAGAUCGAGAGGUUCAUCCACGACACAGGCCUGCGGAAGGUGAUGGUGAGGGCCCACCGGCAGGCCUGGUGCUGGCAGGACGAGUGGUACGGGCUGAACAUGGAGAACAUCCGGGAGCUGGAGAAGGAGGCGCAGCUCAUGCUGUCCCGCAAGAUGGCCCAGUUCAACGAGGACGACGAGGGGGCCGCGGAGCUGGCCAAGGAUGAGGCCCCCCAGGCCCAGGCCCCCAGGGAGCCCCCGCAGCCCAGCAGCAGCGGUGGGGAGCCCCUGGUGGGCAGGGGUCUGAAGAAACAGUGGUCCACGUCCUCCAAGUCGUCCCGGUCGUCCAAGCGGGGAGCGAGUCCUUCCCGCCACAGCAUCUCGGAGUGGAGGAUGCAGAGUAUCGCCCGGGACUCAGACGAGAGCUCGGAUGAUGAGUUCUUUGAUGCUCACGAGGACCUGUCCGAUUCAGAGGAAAUGUUCCCCAAGGACAUCACCAAGUGGAACUCCAAUGACCUCAUGGACAAAAUCGAAAGCCCUGAGCCAGAGGACACACAGGACGGUCUGUACCGCCAGAGCGCCCCCGAGUUCAGGGUGGCCUCCAGUGUGGAGCAGCUGAACAUCAUCGAGGACGAGGUCAGCCCGCCGCUGGCCGUGCCGCCCUCCAAGAUCCACGUGUUGCUGCUGCUGCUGCACGGAGGCACCAUCCUGGACACGGGCGCCGGGGACCCCGGCUCCAAGCAGGGCGACACCAACACCAUCGCCACCGUGUUCGACACCGUCAUGCGCGUGCACUACCCCAGCGCCCUGGGCCACCUGGCCAUCCGCCUGGUGCCCUGCCCGCCCAUCUGCUCUGCUGCCUUCGCCCUCGUCUCCGACCUCAGCCCCUACAGCCACGACGAAGGCUGUCUGUCCAGCAGCCAGGACCACAUCCCCUUGGCCGCCCUGCCCCUGCUGGCAACCUCUUCACCCCACUACCAGGAGGCCGUUGCCACAGUGAUCCAGCGGGCCAACCUCGCCUACGGGGACUUCAUCAAGUCCCAGGAGGGCGUGACCUUCAACGGGCAGGUCUGCCUGAUCGGGGACUGCGUCGGGGGCAUCCUGGCGUUCGAUGCCUUAUGCUGCAGCAACCAGACGGUGUCUGAGAGUCAGAGCAGCAGCCGCCGGGGCAGUGUGGCCAGUGUGCAGGACACUGACCUGUUGUCCCCGGGCACGACGGUCAAUGCGGCACAUGGCAGCAACCUGGAGAGCAGCCGGCACCUGAGCCGCAGCAACAUCGACAUCCCCCGAAGCAACGGCGCUGAGGACCCCAAACAGCAGCUGCCCCGCAAGAGGAGUGACUCGUCCACCUACGAGCUGGACACCAUCCAGCAGCACCAGGCCUUCCUGUCCAGCCUCCAUGCCAGCGUGCUGAGGAAUGAGCCCAGCUCCCGCCACUCAAGCAGCUCCACCAUGCUGGAUGGCGCAGGGGCCGUGGGCAAGUUCGACUUUGAGAUCGCUGACCUCUUCCUCUUUGGGUGCCCGCUGGGGCUGGUCCUGGCCUUGAGGAAGACCGUCAUCCCCUCCCUGGAUGUGUUCCAGCUGCGGCCCGCCUGCCAGCAAGUCUACAACCUCUUCCACCCUGCCGACCCGUCGGCCUCGCGCCUGGAGCCGCUGCUGGAGCGGCGAUUCCACGCCCUGCCGCCUCUCAGCAUCCCCCGCUACCAGCGCUACCCGCUGGGGGACGGCUGCUCGACGCUGCUGGUCCAGACCGUGCAGAGAAACCCCCAGCUGGUCCUGGAGGGCGGCCCCCUGGUCCCCCUCCCUCACAGGGAUGGCUUCCUGGAGACCAGUAUCCCUGUUCCCGCGCUCACCUGGCGAGACAGGCCCCGCCCCAGCCCGAGCUCUGCUGAGUCAGAUGCACUCCAGGCCCACAACGCGGUCUUCCAAGAGCACACGGCCCCCUCCUCGCCCGGCACAGCCCCCACUGCCCGAGGUUUCCGCCGGGCCAGCGAGAUCAGCAUCGCCAGCCAGGUGUCGGGCAUGGCCGAGAGCUACACGGCGUCCAGCAUUGCCCAGAUUGCGGCAAAGUGGUGGGGUCAGAAGCGGAUCGACUACGCCCUGUACUGCCCCGACGCCCUGACGGCCUUCCCCACCGUGGCCCUGCCCCACCUCUUCCACGCCAGCUACUGGGAGUCCACGGAUGUGGUCUCCUUCCUGCUAAGACAGGUCAUGAGGCACGACAACUCCAGCAUCUUGGAACUGGACGGCAAGGAGGUCUCAGUGUUCACCCCGUCAAAGCCGAGAGAGAAGUGGCAGCGCAAGAGGACCCACGUGAAGCUGCGGAACGUGACGGCCAAUCACCGGAUCAAUGACGCGGUCGCCAACGAGGAUGGCCCGCAGGUCCUGACAGGCCGGUUCAUGUAUGGGCCCCUGGACAUGGUCACCCUGACCGGGGAGAAGGUGGACGUGCACAUCAUGAUGCAGCCGCCCUCGGGUGAGUGGCUGUACCUGGACACGCUGGUGACCAACAGCAGCGGGCGCGUCUCCUAUACCAUCCCCGAGACCCACCGCCUGGGCGUGGGUGUCUACCCUGUCAAGAUGGUGGUCAGGGGGGACCACACGUUUGCCGACAGCUACAUCACCGUGCUGCCCAAGGGCACGGAGUUCGUGGUCUUCAGCAUCGACGGCUCCUUCGCCGCCAGCGUGUCCAUCAUGGGCAGCGACCCCAAAGUGCGGGCCGGGGCCGUGGACGUGGUGCGGCACUGGCAGGACCUGGGCUACCUCAUCAUCUAUGUGACGGGCCGGCCUGACAUGCAGAAGCAGCGGGUGGUGGCAUGGCUGGCCCAGCACAACUUCCCUCACGGCGUGGUGUCCUUCUGCGACGGGCUGGUGCACGAUCCGCUGAGGCACAAGGCCAACUUCCUGAAGCUGCUCAUCUCUGAGCUGCACCUGCGCGUGCACGCAGCCUACGGCUCCACCAAGGACGUGGCGGUCUACAGCUCCAUCAGCCUGUCCCCCAUGCAGAUCUACAUCGUGGGCCGGCCCACCAAGAAGCUGCAGCAGCAGUGCCAGUUCAUCACCGACGGCUACGCGGCCCACCUGGCCCAGCUCAAGUACAACCACCGGGCGCGCCCGGCCCGCAACGCGGCCACCCGCAUGGCGCUGCGCAAAGGCAGCUUCGGCCUGCCUGGCCAGGGCGACUUCCUGCGCUCCCGGAACCACCUGCUCCGCACCAUCUCGGCCCAGCCCAGCGGGCCCGGCCACCGGCACGAGCGGACGCAGAGCCAGGCGGACAGCGAGCAGCGGGGACAACGUAGCAUGAGCGUGGCGGCCGGCUGCUGGGGCCGCGCCAUGGCGGGCCGGCCCGAGCCGGGGGCAGCCGCGGGCCCCAAGUAG